UGUCUUCUUCUAAAUCUAUUAUUACGGUUUUAAUCUUUAUCAAUGCCAGCAACAGUCGUUGAAAGUUAACAAAACUUGUACCAAAAAACAGCAGAACAAUACAAGUAUUAGUGAAAACAAUACAAACAAACAAACAACAGCAGCAGCAACCAACAAUCGUAUUUGGCUAAAGAGGACAACAGCGAAAGGACUACAACUAGUUAGACUAGAUAUAUAAUCCACUGAACAAGGGCCAAAUCAAAAAACGAAAGGAAGAAAAUAGAAGCUGCAGCAGUAUAAGUAGUAUAGAGAGAUAGUCUAAACAUUUUUAGCCUUCCCAAACAUAUUUAUACAAAUAUUUCAAACAAUCGUGGAUUUUUUAAGUAGAAAUAAUCUCUGGCUACAACAAAACAACAGAAAAAACGCAAUUUUAUGAGAAAAAUUCUUUAACAUACAACUAGAUUUACAUACAGUGAGGCAUCAUAACCACUCACAUCCAGUAAAUGAAUCCAGUGUGUGUAGAUAUAUUUUGACUUUUGUUGUUAAUGCGUUUUUAUGAAGGCAUUCAAGGAUAAAAAGCUUUUAUUGAAAUAAUCCGGCUCAAGUUAAAAUAGAAUACUUAACCGAACAAUAACAUACAAUCAAAUACCAAAUACCAUAAAAAUAAUAGAAGAGCAGCAAAAGCAAAGAAAUAUUACUAGCUGAACCACACAUACUAACACCCCGAAAAAAACCCGCCUUCCACAGAUUCUAUUGUACUCCAUUUCGAACAUAAAAAAUUCCAUCUAUCUUCAAGUUGUUUUCUACAGCGUUCUCUGUGUUGUUAAGCUAAAACACAUAUUGAAAUUAUCACCCUGCCACAGUCAGCCGCCAUAGCAGCCCCACCAUCAUCAACAUGAAGUUGUCAAAGUUAUCUAACCAAACCAACUCUCAAGAUCCGCAAGCUGUUAAUUCGCGUAUAUUUGUGGGAAAUUUAAAUACAUUUCAAUGUUCGAAAACCGAUGUAGAGCGUAUGUUUCAAAUUUAUGGCCGUCUCGCAGGAAUUUCCAUGCACAAAGGUUAUGCAUUCGUACAAUUUACAAAUCCUUUUGAUGCUCGCAACGCCUGCCUGGGUGAAGAUGGCAAAAUGGUUUUAAGUCAGACAUUGGAUGUCAACAUGGUGGCUGAGCCCAAACCCCACCAAGUGGGGCGCAAAAGACAGAAUGUUAAUAAAACCGGAAAUGAUUGGGACUAUUUCUAUGAUAGCUACUGUUCUUCCACCCUCAAUCGUAGCAAUUCGAUACGUCCAAAAAAACGCAAACGUUUGAUGAGCAAUUCCAGUCGCAUGGUUUCACUUAAUGAUGCUGUCAAUAGUAAUAAUAUUAAUGCCGCGGUAGCGGCAGCUGCUGUAGCCCAACAACACCAGCAUAUGGCUCAACAACAGCAGCAGCACCAACAACACCAGCAACAGCAAGUUGCUGCUGUUGCCAUGGCUGCCAUGGCCAACUUACUGCCUCAACAACAGCUGUUGUUGCAUCAACAAAAUCUAAUAUCAAAUUCAAAUGGUGCCACCGCCAUAGCAGCCGCUGCAUCUUGCAAUGGCUCAACUACAACUCCACAUCAUGCCAGCCUUAAUGUUUUCCUGCAACAGCAACAACAACAUCAUCACAUGAAACAGCAACAGCAAGCUGCUGCAGCAGCUGUUGCAGCCGCUCAAUAUGCGGCCGUUACCAAUGGUGGUCUUCAGCUGAAAAUGAGUUCACCCAUGAUUACAGCUUCGUCGAGUCAGCAACAAUCGAUUGCCUCAUCGGCCGCUUCAUUGCUCACGCAUAACAGCGAACAACAAAUGGUUACCACAACAUCGCCCACAACACAUCAAACACAAUUGUUGCACACUCAGCAACAUCAUCACCAUCAACAACAGCAGCAGCAACAAUCAUCGGGACAUCUGAUGCAACCGUUGUCGUUAACCUUGUCACCACAGCAAAACCAUCACAACCACCUUCAGCAACAACAUCAUCUCCAACAGCAACAACUAAAACAACAACAACAACAGUCAUCACAAUGUCAACAACAACAGCAGCAACAACAGCAGCAUCAGCAGCAAAUACUGAAUCAGCAAACAGAACAAAUAUCAAUGAAUCAACAAUGGGGUCCAUUUAAAGUUUAUAGCAAUCCUGAUACAUUAAUUUGCGGCAAUUGUCGAGAAUGUUUCAACGAGUUGGCUGAAUUAUUAGACCACAAGAGAAGUUAUUGCAAACUAAGAUUCACAUGCAAAUGCCAGGAUAUAACAUUGCCAACAAAAAAUCCACCCAAUGGUGCCAAAUUACUGUGUGCCGUUUGCAAAGAUGCCUUUAACAAUCCCUGGGAUCUAAUGGUACAUGCUCAGGCCGCUCAUAUGGUCAAUAUUUAUGAAUUGGGCAAUGAACCCAAUAACAAUAACAACACUAACAACAAAAACACCAACAACAACAACAACAGCAACGUUACCAUUAAUGGUAGCAUCAUUAGUGAAAACCAUUUAACUGGUGAAGAGCUGGACAACAGCAACAUCAUCUCAAUAUCAAACAACAAUAAUAACAAGGAGCCUAAUAACAACAAUCUACAUUGCAACAAUGAUAACAAUGAUACCAACAACAAUAACAACAAAAACCACAACAAUGUCAUGCCAUUGUCGCAGACAGCAACAACAACAACUUGUUUCUCAAUACCCGAUGUUAAAAUGCAAGCACCCAUACAAUCAGCAACAUCAACAUCAUCGUCAUCCUCAUCAAUGGUCAACAAUAUAAAUAGUGCGGAUGUUGCCAUAAUGAAUGCAACUAACGGCAACAAUUGUAACAGCAGCAACAACAACAAUAUUUUAUCAUCGUCAUCAUCCUCAUUGUUGGGGGAUGGCAGCAGCAGUACAAGUGAUACCGAAGCCCAUUUGAGUAUGGAGCUUAAAUUCGGCAUUUGUAACAGUCCAAUUGGCUCAAUCACUAAUAAAGAGGAUAGCCAUCGUGAUGAUGUGUCUUUAGAUGGCCGGAUGUCAGAUGAUAUUAAAAUGAUACACACUAAUGGUUCCAUGUCAUCACGUGGCAGUUCACCAGCCAUGGACAAUGAUGAAAUAACACAAACACAACGAGCUUGCAUAGUGCGAACUCUAAGCAUUGAGGCAACCACUGCUAAUACUCCCACAACAACGGCCACAUUGGGUUUAAUACCCAACAGUUUGGCUUUAAGCUUGAGUAACGCAACAGCAGCAAAGGCUGCAGCUGCUUUAGUACCACAAUAGACAGUCAUGCUGCCCCAAUAUUGCUGACUUUCUGCCUGACUGUCUGUCUGUCCUUCCUUCUGUCUUUCGGUCGCUGUCUCUUUGCAUAUGGAUGGAUAUAGAAUUUUUUUUGGUUACUGCUGCUGAAAUAUUAAAACAAAAAAAAAUAACAACCAAAUGCUGAAUAUACCAAAAACCACAAAAAAUAUUAUAUAACAACAACUAUUCAACAUAUAAACCAACAAUGGUAGACAACAAACAAUUUGUUCGCACUUUUUUUUGCAAUUCCCGAACAGAAUGGAAAAAAAACAACAAAAAUUAUUAUUUUGGCGGACAAUUGCUGAUGAUGCUACAAACCUGCUAUGACUACAGCACUCUUUAUAGCCGACAUGCAGCAGCAGUCAGCCAGCCAACCAGACAGACAGUCACACAUCCCCACACAUGCCUGAAAACUUAUGUAUAUUACCAGCGAAAUGAACGUCAAGAUUAUAAAUAAUUUAAGCCUUCAGUUGCAGUUUUUGAACUUAAAACUAUACAAUGGUAAAUAUAUUAAUGAAUAUUGUAUACAUACAUACAGUUUUUAUUGUUUUGUUUUAUAUGCUGCAUUUUAAAUACAAAA